AUGGCGAGCGAGGAGUGUCAAUCGCUUCUCCUCUCCGAAUAUACUGAAUAUGGUGGCUUGUCCAGUGUUGCCGAGUCAGCCCUCGAGCAAGUGGAACCCUCGGUGCUUUCAUGGGAAGAGUUGCGAGUGAAAGUGAAGAAAUCGGGCCGUGAACUAUUGCAAGGCGUCUCCGGAGUCACUCAGCCUGGUCAAUUGAUGGCUUUAAUGGGCGCUAGUGGUGCUGGCAAGACGACUUUACUCAAUACCCUGCUCAGUCGGAAUCUGAAAGGACUCGAGGUGACCGGCAGAGUGCUUGUCAAUGGGAAUCAGAUCGGUCGAGGCAUAACAGCUGUCUCCGGGUAUGCCCAACAAGAAGAGCUUUUCGUCGGCACACUCACCGUUCGAGAGUAUUUGAACAUACAGGCUCGACUUCGUGUAAAUGGCUCAAAGGAGAAACGAACGAAGAGAGUGAUGGCUGUUUUAAAGCAAUUAGGCUUAUUGAAAUGUCAACACACACGGAUUGGAGUGAUCGGGGUGAAGAAAGGAAUAUCUGGUGGAGAAGCUAGACGAUUGACCUUUGCUUGUGAAAUGCUCUCAAACCCGGCGAUUCUCUUUUGUGAUGAACCAACAACAGGUCUUGACUCUUUCAUGGCUGAAUCGGUGGUGGCGGUGUUGUCACGAUUGGCUCACUCUGGAAGAACCGUCAUUUGCACGAUUCACCAGCCAGCCUCUCAACUCUACGAGAUGUUCGACUCGGUGAUGUUUCUCGCGUGCGGGAGGACCGCGUUUCUGGGCACCCCAGCUGAAGCGAUCCGCUUUUUCGAGCGAGCUGGCUACCCAUGUCCCCACAGCUACAACCCCGCCGAUCUCAUCAUUCACACGUUGGCCAUUGUGCCCGGCAAUGAGAUUGAAUGCAACCACCGGGUUGAGGAGAUCACUCAGCUCUUCGAUUCGAGUGAAUUUGGGGAGAAAUUGCAGAGGGAUGUGGCUGCUGUUGAAUUGAGAGCGGCUCCAGCCGGUCGACAACGGGCCGACCGUUUCGCGCAAUUCUCGGCUCUCACCGAACGGGCUUUUCUCGACAAUUGGCGAAAUCCGUCACUGGCUCGCGCAAAGAUCAUUCAAAAGAGUGUCAUGGGUCUCUUUGUCGGCCUACUCUACUUACGCACGGAAAUCGGUGCACCAGCUGGCAUCGAUAACAUCAAUGGAGCAUUGUUCUACUUGGUCUGCGAGCUGACCUACUCGACUCUUUUCGGGAUUCUGACGUUUCUGCCUGGUGACUACCCGUUGGUCGUCAGGGAAUAUCACGAUGGACUUUACAGUGUUUCCUCUUAUUUCGUCUCUCGAUCGCUCUCCUAUGUCCCACUAUUCACCAUUGAUGGUUUAGUGAUGAUGAUUGUCGCGUAUUUCAUGAUUGGGUUGAAUGUCACUCUUCAACAGUUCUUCACAUGCCUCCUCAUCUCUGUCUUGAUCGAACAAUCGGCCUCGGCUUUCGGCGUGAUGUUGUCAACGGUGUCUCCUUCAUAUCCAGUAGCUGUUUCACUAGCAGGUCCAUUACUGACACUGCUAUCGCUGACGGGAGGUCUUUACGCAAAUGUGGGUCAAAUGCCCGCCUACAUCUCGUGGAUACAGUACUUGUCGUGGUUCCGCUAUGGUUUUGAGGCGCUAACUAUCAAUCAGUGGUCGGAAGUGUCGGCGAUUCCCGGAUGGAGUAAUGACACGUCCAAACGCGAUGCCACUCUCGAGAAGUUGUCCUUCUCGGCGUCAAUGCUCUGGCCAGACGUGUCAAUCAUGGCCGCUUUCAUUCUCGUCUUCUAUAUUAUCGGAUACAUCGGGCUGAUGAUACGCAGAUCGUCGUCUGAUUAUCAAUCAUCGUCCGGUUAUCAAAUGAACAUGCCCAGACCAAGAAGGGACCCAAGAAUCCGCAUCAAUCAGUUGAUGAGGCGUCCACCGCCGUCACUUCGAUGUCAACUGCUGUGGAAAUGCCAACAACGACUUUUUGCAUCAAUAACCGGUCCUGGCCCUUCCACCCCUUCAACAACGUCAAUUGCGUCAAAUCUUCGCGCUCGCGGCGAUCCGACACUCGUUUUAGACGUCGGCGCCUACACGCCGGAUCGAAUUCGCAAUUUUGGCAUCGUUGCCCACGUCGAUCACGGGAAGAGCACACUCGCCGAUAGAUUGCUCGAGCUUUCGGGCCUCGUGAAGCCGGGUGAACGCGAAUCACAGAUGCUCGACCGGCUACAAGUGGAAAGAGAUCGGGGGAUCACUGUCAAGGCGCAAACCGUGGCCUUACCGUAUAAAGGCUAUCUACUCAAUUUGAUCGACACGCCCGGACACGCCGACUUUUCUGCAGAGGUCUCUCGCUCUCUAAUGGUCUGUGACGGGAUUCUUCUGUUAAUAGCUGCGAAUCAAGGUGUUCAAGCUCAAACCAUAGCCAAUUUUUGGCUUGCCUUUGAUCGAAGUGUGCAAAUCAUCCCGGUGAUCAACAAAAUCGAUCUGAAAGGAGUCAACGUGGAAAAGGUGGAAAAUCAACUCAAAUCGCUUUUCGACUUCAAUCCUGACGAAAUACAAAGGAUCUCUGCAAAAACCGGUCUCAACGUGGCGCCGAUUCUCGACGAAAUCAUUGCCAAAUGUCCGCCACCAGAAGCCGAUCCAAAAAAGCCGCUAAAAGCGAUCAUCUUCGACUCACUUUUCGAGCACUACCGCGGCGCUGUUGCUUUCGUUUUGGUGCGUGAGGGGUCGAUCCGGCGAGGGCAACGAAUACGAACAUACCACGGGGAAAAGGAGUACGAUGUUGUUGAGGUGGGUAUCAUGCGACCGGACAUGACCCCCGUUUCAGCGCUAAACGCCGGUCAAGUCGGCUACGUGAUUUGCAAUAUGAAGACGACGAAAGAGGCGACAGUCGGCGAGAUUCUGCACGCGGUGACAACGGACAAAAGCUUGAUUCAACCCUUCGUCGGCUUCAAACCCCAUAAGCCGACCGUUUACGCCGGGUUGUUCCCUGUGGACACAAGUGAUUAUGAAGAUUUGAAACAAGCUGUCGAACGUCUCUCCUUAAACGAUCCAUCCGUCGAGAUCAUCCCCGACAGCAGUCCAGCGCUUGGACUUGGCUGGCGUGUCGGCUUUCUCGGCGUCUUGCAUAUGGAGGUUUUCUCGACUCGUUUGGAGCAAGAGUACGAUGCGCAAGUUAUCCUCACGCAACCAUCCGUCGAAUAUCGGGCUCAUAUCAAGGACAACGAAACGAUUCGCAAGAAACGCUACAAUGGCAAAGGGGAGAUUCGCAUCUUCAACGCUUCCUCGUUUCCAAGUGAUGAGUCGGAUAUCGAGAAAUUCCUUGAACCCAUGGUUAAGGUUCGCUUGGUUGUGCCAGCGGAGAUGAUGGGCUUGGUGAACGGGUUGUGCUCGGAGGCGAGGGGAGAACGCGGAGAGAUCACGAGUAUCGACGAGGAGAGGAUGUUGAUCAUAUGGAGAUUACCGCUAGCCGAGGUGGUCGUCGAUUUCUUCGAGCGCUUGAAAAAGAUGACUUCCGGUUAUGCGUCGUUCGACUAUGAGCCAGAUGGGUGGAAAGAAUCGCGACUAAUUCGACUGAAUAUCAUGAUAAAUGGGAAAGAGGUACCGGAGUUCUCGCAAAUAGUCCCAGGGGUCAUGGCGAUGGCGAGAGCGAAAUUGUUAGUGAGUCGACUGAAACGCGAGAUACCACGGCAACAGUUUGAGGUCCAAAUCAAGGCCACCGCCGGGACAUCGACGAAAGCUCUCUCGCAAACGAUCAUCCCGCCGUGGAAGAAAGAUUUCUUGCAGCUAUUGAAAGGCAACAUAGGCAAGGGUGGAAUGGAACGGCUAAACAAGAAGUUGUCACAUCAGAAGAAAGGAAAAGCGAAGAUGAAAAUGCUGGGAAAUGUGCAAAUACCGAAAGAAGCUUUUUAUAAUGUUUUGAAAAAU